AUGCACCUCUCCAUCCAGCAGCCACCCGUCGCGCCGGAACCACCGGCAAAGAUGAAGAUAACCGUCAAAUUCUCCGCAAGGAAGAUUGAGAUUGAAGUGGACAAGACAGACACCGUCAGAAGCCUCAAGGAGAAGAUCCACAUCGUCGACGGCACCCCAAUCCGUAGAAUGACGCUCUUCUUCAACGGGACGGAGAUGGAGGACGACUUCCGCAGCCUCACUGAUUACGGCGUGCACGAGACCUCCGCCUCCACCUCGUCCUCGUCCUCGGAGGUGAUCGUGUUCCUGAAGACCAUGACGAGAGUCACCGCGGAUCCUCCAGCGAGGAGGGUCGGUGUGGUGGUGCAGACGUCGGCGAGCUUGAUGAAUGCCGCGAGGAUUCCUGUGGAGAUGAACGACACGAGCAGAGUGGAGGAGCUCCGGCAGCUGCUGCUGGAGAGGGGAAUGCUUCCGGCUGACGACUACAUUUUCAUUCACAAGCAGAGAAUCAUGAGAGACGACUGCAGCCUCCGCUGGCACGGCGUCGAGAACGGAGAUUUUCUCUACGUUUUCAAAGGCUCCGUCACCCGCGCCGCCUGCUGA